AUGACUACACCCACCACCUCCCCCAUCGGCACCCUCUCCGCCAUCACCCUCGUCAGCGAAGACCCCGCCGCCUCCCUCGCCUUCUACCAGCGCGUCCUCGGCGCGACGCUCCUCUUCCAGGACGCCGACUCGGCGGCGGUGCGCGUCCCCGGCGUGGCGCCGCUGCUCAACCUGCUGCGCCCGGCGGCGGCCGAGGAGCUGCUGGUGCCGUCGGCCGUGGGCACCGCCGGCAGCGGGCGCCGCGCGCAGAUGACGCUCGCGACAACGGACCUCGAGGCCAGCAUGGCGGCGCUGCGGGCGCGCGGGCUGGCGGCGUUCCUGACGGGGCCGGAGACGAAGCCGUGGGGAGUGCGGACCGUGACGUUUGAGGACCCGGCGGGGCAUAGCUGGGAGGUGGCGCAGGAGGUGGUGAAGACGACGGAUAGCCACCAGCCCGAGGAUGCGGAGUGA